AUGAACGAUUGUCUGAUCAGCCGUACCUCAACUCCGCUAACGUCAUCGCUUCGGCGUGGAAAAAGGAUUAGCCGGUUUUUCGUGCCUGCGCUAUGCUUGGCUCGCGACUUGAUGAUGUUGUCCGCGAAAGUCAUGCUCGCGGUGAUCGCCGCUUCCGUAAGACUUGUUGUGCCACCGUGGAAGAAGCGGCUGCUCGGCGAGACUGUUUUAAUCACAGGCGCAGGUCAUGGAAUUGGGCGUGAACUUGCAGUGCAACUGGCAGCCCUCGGUUGCAUUGUCGUUUGCUGGGAUUGUGACGCUAACGCCAAUCGAGAAACUAUAAGUUUUAUUGCCAGAGAUGGUGGUGAGGCGCAUGGAUUUAUGGUGGACGUAUCUAAAUACAGUAUGGUUCAAGAAGCUGCCCAACUGAUGAAACAAGCUGGUAUACCAGAAAUUAGCAUUUUAAUUAAUAGCGCUGCAAUAUUGAUGCACAAACCAUUUAUCGAGCACAAGGAUGACGACAUCGAAAGGAUUUUUCACGUCAACGUACUGUCGCAGUUUUGGACGAUACACACGUUUUUGCCAACGAUGCUGCACAACAAUAAAGGCCACAUUGUUUCAAUGAGUAGUUCGUGCGGUUUCUACGGCGUAGCGUACAAAGUUCCUUAUUGCUCGUCAAAGUUUGCAUUGAAAGGUUUGAUGGAGGGACUUUGCGAAGAGCUUCGGGCAACGAAGAAGAGCUCGAACAUACAGUUCACCACGAUUUAUCCGUUUUACGUCGACACGGAUCUUGCCAAAGACCCAAAAUUCCGAUUUCCGUACUUGUUCAGCGCAGUGCCGGCCAAGUAUGCCGCGUCGGAGGUCAUACGCGCGAUCCAAAGGAACUACGAAGAGUGCUCCAUUCCCCGAUGCUUGUCUUACUUGAACGCAGUCAACAGAAUUUUACCUGCUAAGGCUAUGCGACUGAUACUUGACUUUUUGGGUGAUGUCAAAUGAUAAUGGCUAUUGUAAGAAAGGCUGCGCGACGACGGAAGAGCUUCCCUUCGUAACGUGUGAGAUUUUUAUCCGAUGCAAAUUUUAGCUAGCGAAAAUGUAUAUUCCUCGCUAAUAAAAGUGAUUUUUAGAUCAACACUUGCAAGACAGUGCAGAUGAGACCGAAGUACAUCG